CCGCCUGCGUCGGCCUCUCAAGUCUCGACACACCGCGCCACAGAGCCCCCCCUCGCUCGCUCGCUCGCGCCGCUACAGUCCCCCGCGCACGCCUCUCCUCCUCGUACUGCCGACGCGCGAGGCCGGAGGCUGGUGGCGGCGGCGGAGGGGGGAUUCCGAUUGGGAGCCGAGGCGCGGCGGGGGCGCUCGCUCCCCCGAGGGAGGGAGAUCGGCGCACGGGCGGGUGCCCGCGGCUCUCGCCGGGCUCGAUUCCGCGGGAUGGCUCCGGCGCGGCGCGGCCUCCGCGGCCCAUGCCGUGAGUGAAGGCGCUGGCUUUGCCGUCCGGGGGAGUGAUCUUGCCGCAGCAGCAGCAGCAGCAGCAGCAGCCGGAGGCCGGUGCUCCGGUGGUCGAGGCCCAGCGGCGCCCGCUCACCGCCAUGGCUGGCAGCGACGAGGUCAACCGCAACGAGUGCAAGACGGCGGUGCCGAUCCACACAUGGGUGCUCAUCUCCAACUUCAAGCUGGCGUACAACAUGCUCCGGCGGGCGGACGGCACCUUCGACCGCGACCUCGCCGAGUACCUCGACCGCCGGGUGCCGCCCGACGCGCGGGCCCAGGAGGGCGUCUCGUCCUUCGACCACGUCAUCGACCCCUCCGUCGGCCUCGAGGUCCGCAUCUACCGCGCCGCCGCCAACAACGCCGCGGGCGCCGGCGCCGGCGCGGCAGCGGUCACGCUGCCCAUCCUCGACUUCCUCACCGGCGCGCCGUCGCCGGACCCGUUCCCGGUCAUCCUCUUCUUCCACGGCGGCAGCUUCGCGCACUCCUCGUCCAGCACGGCCAUCUACGACAACCUGUGCCGUCGGUUCGUGAAGCUGAGCAAGGGCGUGGUGCUGUCCGUCAACUACCGGCGCGCCCCCGAGCACCGGUACCCGUGCGCCUACGACGACGGCUGGGCCGCGCUCAAGUGGGCCAUGUCGCAGCCGUUCCUCCGCAGCGGCGAGGGCGCCCAGCCCCGCGUGUUCCUCUCCGGCGACUCCUCCGGCGGCAACAUCGCCCACCACGUGGCCGUGCGGGCCGCCGACGCCGGGAUCAGGAUCUGCGGCAACAUCCUGCUCAACGCCAUGUUCGGCGGCACCGAGCGCACCGACUCGGAGCGGCGGCUGGACGGCAAGUACUUCGUCACGCUCCAGGACAGGGACUGGUACUGGAAGGCGUACCUGCCCGAGGACGCCGACCGGGACCACCCGGCGUGCAACCCGUUCGGGCCGAACGGGCGGCGGCUCAGGGGCCUCCCCUUCACCAAGAGCCUCAUCAUCGUGUCGGGCCUGGACCUCACCUGCGACCGGCAGCUGGCCUACGCCGAGGGCCUCCGGGAGGACGGCCACCAUGUCAAGCUCGUGUACCGCGAGAAGGCCACCAUCGGCUUCUACCUGCUGCCCAACACAGACCACUACCACGAGGUCAUGGAGGAGAUCUCCGACUUCCUCGGGGCUAACCUCCUCUAGUACAUACGUACACCACAGCUGCUGAUCCUGAUCUGAUCGUCGCCUUCGCACACUCCACUUGUUAUAGCAAGAUGGUAAGCUUGACUUAUACUAGUUCUGUCGUCUCGUCUCGCCGUAUACUGCUGCUGCUGCUGCCGCUGCCGCUUGGGGAUCAUCGUCUGAAUUCCGGCCAUGGCAAGUGGCGCUUCUGAUAAAAAGCUCUAGGAAAGAAACCAACCAUGGCGACUUUUGUUCCCCCCCUGCCUGCUGAUCGCGAAGCCCUGCCUGCGUCCCUGGUUGAUGGAGAGAAGCCUAUUAUUUCGCCUUCAAUCACCCUCCGGCUGGUCCCCGGGGGCAAAUUCAUCUAACAUUCUGUGUACAGUGAUGGACUGAUGAUGGAUCAACAAGGAGGCGUGUGGCCUUUUUGUUGCUUGUGUUUGAUGUAGUAGUUCUUCCUCUCUUUCUUAUGGAUUGGAUGGUGCCUGCGCGUACGGCGUACCCCUCAACCUAUAUCUGUCUUCCCAUGUUUUGUGAAACAUAUGUGAUGUUUCCAAUCUAAGGCUAGUAGUAGUGGUAGUAGCAGAGGCACAAGAGAUGUACCUCCCCCCGACCCCAAACUGCUGGUCUGGCCUUCCCUGGCCUGGCCCGGCCCUGUCGCCUCUCUUUGAUGUCCUCCGAUCCUUUCUGUACACAACCAACGCUGAAAACUGCUGCUAAAAUGUGUUGCAACGCGUGUACUUUGAACC